AUGGAUCCUUGGCCGCUGUCCAGCCAACAGGCGUUCUUCGCCGCCGUCCGCUCGGGGGAUCUGGAAGCCCUCCGGCGGAUUGUUGAGGGAGGGGAUGGAGCUGUGGAGACGCCAGCUGUGGCCUUCAUGGCGAUGCAGAACGAGGAGGGACAGACGGGGCUGUACGUCGCUGCGGCGGGGAACCAGGAGGAAGUGUUCAGGUACCUGGUGAAGUUCUGUGACUUCGAGACGGCGGCGACCAAGUCGAACGUCGGCACCACCGCCCUCCACGCGGCUGCCAAGAACGGCCACAUAGGUGAGGAUCGGCUCUUCUGUGCGGCGAGUCGGCUGUUAGGGUCCUGGUGAUGUUCAGUGAGUGGUGUUUGAUGGCUAAAUAUGUGACCUUGGGUGGCUGUUUUGAGGCCGACUUCAAUCGAAUCGCGGACUUCGUUUCCCGAAUUAGGUUCCUGGAGAUCCGAUAAAUUAGGGGGAAACGUGAUUUCUGCCGAGAUCGUCUUCGCCCCAGACUUUCAUAUCCAUUUUUUGUGCGCAGAUGCUGAACGAUGCGUUAACAGAUUGGCCCUCUGUCGAUGUUUUUAAUUCUCUUUUGAUCGAGUCUUUCAGACUAGAGUAGCAUAUCUUGUGCAUCCGGGGUCUGAACUUGUGGUGAUUCUCGUCCAGUGUGGAUGUCCUGAACUGACAGAUCCGUAUCAUGUCCAGGUAUCGUUAAAGAACUUUUGGUCUUGUGGCCGGAACUCUGCAGGAUUUGUGAUCCAACUGACACUAGCCCUCUCUAUGUGGCCGCUGCUGCUAAGCACUAUGAGAUUGUGAAGGCCAUUCUAGAUGUGGACAGAAGCUGCAUCCGGAUCGUCAGAAAAAAUGGGAAAACGUCGUUGCAUCAUAUGGCGAGAAAUGGCUACUAUGGGAUUGUCAAGGCACUCAUAGAUGCGGAUCCUGGUGUGGUAUCUAUCACGGAUAAAAAAGGUCAGACCGCACUUCAUAUGGCUGUAAAAGGUCGAAACCCCGACGUUGUUGAGGAGCUGCUACUCGCUGAUCUCUCUAUUCUCAACGCGCGGGACAAAAAGGGCAACACCGCUCUGCAUAUAGCCACAAGGAAAUGGCGUUCAGAGGUAUGAUCUUAGCAGCAAACUUCAUUCCCCAUACUGUUUCUUCUGCCACCAAACGCAUAAUACUGCAUAUUUGUUCUGGCAAACCCUGCCAUCCUGCUCUAUCCGAACUACUUUUCUGAUGUAAGGUAUCGGUCGGUCGGGCGCAAGCUGCAAGACCAUGUAUCGAAAUCUAGUCCUAAAGAGUAGCUUCCAGUCUCCUUGCCUUUGCAUCAUGUCUGCUACGAUUUUUAUGUAGCUUUGGUCUCUCCUCUACGACCACUUUUUCUUCCAGAUGUUAUAUUCUUCUGCUCUGUGCCUGCUGCUCGAGGACAACAUGAGUUUAAGCCGGCCCAUUCCUGUCAGCACUUUUCGCUCGGUAGAAAUGAUUUCAUAUUGUUCUUACUGGUUGUAUAAUUGUGUCUCGUGGAUCUCGAUGGGUCUCUGUGAGUUCCUUACUCAUGCUUUUGAAUGUGAUGGAAUGAGUUGACUACUAAAUAGCUUUUGUGUUGUUCGUGUAGUCUGAAUGAAAUAUGCACAGACUCAGGUGUUCGAAUGUUAUGUUCUGAAGUGGACUCAUUUCCUGAUGAACCCUCGGACUAAUUCACCUUUCUUUCUCUCAGAAUAUUCACCUUUUGGUGAGCUACCCAUCCAUUGAAGUCAACGCUCUGAACAACCAGAAAGAGACCGCAAUGGAUCUAGCUGAAAAGCUCUCAUACGAACACGUGUUGGAAAUAAGGGAAACCCUCCUGGAAGCUGGAGCCAAGCAUGCGAGUAAUCUCACCCGCGUUGACGAACACUCAGAAGAGUUGAGAAAGGAGGUCAGGGACCUGAAGCAGGAUCUCCAUUCUCAGCUCAGACAGAACGAGAAAACGAACAAACGGGUCUCGGGGAUCGCCAAAGAAUUACAGAAGCUCCACCGAGAAGCCGUCCAGAACACCAUCAAUUCAGUAACCGUGGUCGCGGUCCUGACCGCCUCCAUUGCGUUCAUGGCCAUCUUCAACCUCCCUGGUCAAUAUGAGUCCGACGGCGAAGACGUCGGAAAAGCCAACGUCGCCGACAGCAUGGGCUUCCGUGUGUUCUGCCUCCUGGAUGCCACCGCCCUGUUCAUCUCUUUGGCCGUCGUCGUGGUUCAGAUCACCCUCGUCGCAUGGGAGACCGGCGCCCAGAAGCAAGUCGUGGCCGUCGUCAACAAGCUCAUGUGGGCGGCCUGCGUAUGCAUAUGCGGCGCCUUCCUCUCCGUAGCGUUUUUGGACGUGGGGCCGGUGGCGCCGUGGAUGGCCAUCACCAUCACAGUGAUUGGAGGUCCGAUGAUCGUCGGAACCCUGGGGGUUAUGUGCUUCCUGGUCUUCCGGCGGUACUUCAAGCUCAACGACGACUCCCAGAGGAUCAUCAGGAGGACGAGCGGGAGCAGGUCCUUUUCCUGGUCCCGCUACUCGGCCUUCUCCGACCCUGAGGCUAACUACUCCGACCACGAGAAGAGCUUCUACGCCCUGUAA